CUCAGCUAUGGAUGGUGGACUUCACAGGGGGGAGAGGAGAAACUUUCCUGUCCUGAAUGUGGGAAAAGUUUUGACUCUGAAUUAAGACUUACCGUACAUCAGAGAUCUCAUGUGGGUGUGAAGCUACAUUCCUGUUCUGAAUGCGGCAAAGGUUUUUUCACACAAGUCCAGUCUUUCCAUACAUCAGAGAUCUCACACGGGGGGGAGAAGCCACUUUCCUGUUCUGAGUGCGGGAAAUGUUUUUCACAGACAUCCACUCUUUACACACAUCAGAGAUCUCACACGGGGGAGAAGCCGUAUUCCUGUUCUGAGUGUGGGAAAUGUUUUUCACGGAAGUCCAAUCUGCACAGACAUCAGCGAUCUCACACAGGGGAGAAGUUAUACUCCUGUCCUGAGUGCGGGAAAUGUUUUUUACGGAAGUCCCAUCUUGAUACACAUCAGAGAUCUCACACGGGGGAGAGGCCGUAUUCCUGUGCUGAGUGUGGGAAAUGUUUUUCACGAACUUCACACCUUUACAGACAUCAGAGAUCUCACAGAGGGGAGAAGCCGUAUUCCUGUUCUGAGUGCGGGAAAUGUUUUUCACAGAAGUCUCAUCUUUAUAGCCAUCAGAAAUCUCACACGGGAGAGAAGCCACUUUCCUGUCCUGAGUGA